AUGAAGAAUAAAGGACGCAGCAGAAUUUAUGUAUAAGAGAGGUUAAUCUGAUUAUUUAGAGAAAAUGCUUUUCUGUUAGACUGCAGUCACACAACAGAUGGGUGUUUUUGUUCUUUUGUGUGUCAAACUCACGCAUGAAUCAAGCGCGUGCGCGCGCGCGUGUGUGUGCUGUGGAUGAGACGCGACUUUCACAAAUCUGCGUGUGUCUCUGAAGCGGCAGAAGAGGAAUCUGCUGGAGUUUGAUGCUGCAGGUUUCUUCAAAUCAUGAGUCUGUGAUUUCAGCGUGGAUUCAGCCAUGGCAGAAAUUGAUGUAGACAAAUCUCACCUGCCCGGCGUCUAUGACGUGUGUCAGUGUUUCUCUGUGUUAGAGGAUGGAGCUCUCGCUCACAGUCUUCAAGAGCAGGAAAUUGAACAGUUCUACAGCGCCAACAUCCAGAAGAACCAGUCGGUACAGAAUGAUGUUCGUCUGGCAAGGAGACUGCAAGAAGAAGAGGAACGGCAAGCGAAUCUCUGUCGAGACCUGAGGCAACUGGAGGAAGAGGACUGCAGAUAUGCUCAUAUUAUUCAGGAAGAGCUUCAGAGAUGUGCAGAGGAGGCCAGGAGGAGAGAGGAAGAGGAUGAGGAAAUAGCAAAACAGUUACAGGAAGAAGAAGAAAUGGAGAUGAGACAGCAGCAGGCUGCCGCUGGUUACCAUGGCAGUAACUGCGUCUCUCCACUCUGUGAAGGGUUGGGAGUUUGGGAACAGGUGCUUCAGGAUGCUGAAUUAGCCCGAAGACUACAAGAGGAAGAGGAAAUGCUGCAUCACAGAGAGUUUUCUCAGAGUUCUGGAUCAGAGGUGGACUUCAUAGCAGCCCAAGUAGCCCAAGAUGAGGAGAUCGCCAGAUGCAUGCAACACCAGCAUAGAAGAAUCAACAAUAGGCCAGAAGACCUAGAGAUCCAGACGAAGCCGAUUGAACCAAGAGAUGAAGGCAAGACUACAACCAGAAAGGCGCUCCAGAUGUUGAGAGAGAGGCUGAACUCAGACGGACUGCACUCAUCUGUAGAAGAAGAGGACUACACCAUAGAAAACCAUCUACCAAGCCCGUCAUGCACUGCACUCCGAACACAACAGAUACACAAUAUUGCAGAAGAACUGGACCCAACGUUUAAGGCUAGAAAGCUCGAGAGCCAAAUUUCCACCAGCCCCCUGUCAGGUUUGUGUUUGGCCCCCCGUAACCCGCACAGUAUCUUUUAUGACUAUUUACCAGAACCCACCUUUGUACCACCAACAAAACGGCAGAGCGACAAAGCAGGACGCCACAAAGCCAAAGACAAGAAAGAGAACUGUAAACAACAGUGAUCAUGUAACUAACACAGUGCUGUCUGCUUAAAUAUGGCUUAACCGUGUUGUUUUGUCUUUGUAGUGUAAAAACAACUACAACUAGUAAACAACUAGUAUUGUUUAAACAACUAGUAUUGUUUAAACCAGCUUGUGGGCACAGAUUAGGCUUUUUUUAGGCUAACAAUGUAAAUGGCGAUUUCCUGUCGAAUUUAAUGCUUUAUCUAAUGCUGUAUUCCAUCCAAUACCUAGAAAAGUGCGAUAGAAUUUGAUGUCAAACUUGGAAACUUGUAUGGAAAUCCAUAAGCCAGAUUUGACCAAUGUAAACAUACAGAUGCACCGUUAUUGAUAAACGUUCACUUUUAAGCAAAUAAGUGCAUUAAUGCAUCAAAGUUUCUACAUUGUAGGGCUGUCAAUCGAGUAAAUUGGAUUUAUCACAAUUAACCUGGGUAGCUCAGUGGUAAAGACACUGGCUACCACCCCUGGAGUUCACUAGCUCAAAUCCCAGGGUGUGCUGAGUUAUUCCAGCUAGGUCUAAGCAACCAAAUUGGCCCGGUUGCUAGGGAGGGUAGAGUCACACGGGUGUUGUUAAGGAGGUGAUGUCUGUUUGUUCCAUAAACAUUUCCUGCUAGAUGCGAACUCAGACUGCAUUCCAAACAGGAUAAAUCACCCUCCAAAGGGCACUUUGAAGGAAGAAUAAUCAUGAUAGUUAUGCUUUUAGAUAGCUUCAAACUGAAUUUCCAAUAAAAAUGACCUAAAAAGAGAGUUCUGAAUUACCCAUAUUUUUGAGCCAUUCAGAGCUCUUAGAGUGGAUGGUAAAGUCUUCCUGUAAAUGGUAAAGUUACUAACGUUAACACGAUUGUCAUAAAAUGCCAUUAUUAAAAUGUGGACCAUGUUGUUCGGUGGCUGGAUGUUCCUUGGAUCCCUGGAACUAACGGAAAUUAAAGUGUUGAAAAAGCAAAGACAAAUGGACGCAUGAAACGCUUCAGUGAAACGAGACGGCUGGAUGGAUAUGUGCAGUACUAACAACUGUAGCACACAUCUUGUCUCUGGUAGGUGAACAAAAGUGAAGCCAAAUAUUUGUAAGUUUGAGAGGUAGAGCUCUAAAAGUGACUAUCGCUCCCAUUAUAUGAAUGAACCUCCACAAGUCAUUGACUUUUACAUUUAGCAGAUGCUUUUAUCCAGAAGAAAGAGAAAAGUAUUUUUAUCAUUAAAAAAAGAAAUCCUUACCUGUCUGCAGGUCACGUAGACAGCUUUAUUGAAAAGCUUCAUUGAUUAUAACAGGAGCGAUCCAAUAUUCCCGAUCUUCCCACUGAGGAAAUAAUUGUGAGCAUCUAAACUACGAUACAAUUUCAUUGCCUCUCUCGCAUAGAUGCGCUCAGUAUCAACAACACGUCUGGAUAUGUCACUUCAGGUAAACGUUUGAUGUUCUUUUUUGACACCUCAUUGUUUAUUUAGAAUUUUUGCAAAUAUCUCGAUUUGUUCAUUUUUAGUUUGACUCUAAAAGGAAGUGCUAGUAAUUUUAUUUUGACAGUUCUGGGUUGCCGCUACCGGAAAUACUUCAGGGCCAAACAUGUACAGUAGCAUUCUAAUUCUUUGGUUAUUGUUUACAUCCUUGAAAUAGUCUAUAAACAUAUGCGUCAGACAGACGCUUUUGGAGCGUGUCACCUUUUUUCAGUGCUUCUCUGCAUUUUUAGGAUGUUGUGUCAAGUUAAAAGUAGUUAAAACUAUGAAAAUCGAAUCUCGAGAUCCCUGCAUUCUGUUUUGCUUUGUCCAGUUGUCAAGAACGCCUCAUAAUUAGCGGCUCUCAUUCAGUGGCUGCGCUGCUUGUGAGGUUUGUUGAGGCGCGCUGACUGACCCCUGCUGACGUGGCGCAUUAAAACAUGAAGUUACAUAUUCUUCAAGCUUGAACUGCUCAGAUGGUAGAAAAUUAUGCACUUUAAUUGCAGAAUUUACGUAAGGGUUAGUAAGCAAUAUUACCGGUAAUUGCAUACAUUUUUUUAACGCAUUAUUUUUUUAUAGAAAUGUAUCAUUCUAAAUAACGUUAAAUCACCAGCCCAAAAUUUUUGCAAACAUUUGUGUAAAACAGUAAAUAUCUGUUAAUAAUUGCACUGCUACAGUACAACGGUAAUGUUGCUAUUUUAGUUCUUUACGUGUCAUCUUCGGAGCAUCAGGAUUUACAGGCCAAAGUAUAUUUCGGUUGCAUGCGUGCUGCUACAGCUCGCGCACAGUGUGCAAUGUAAAUUUCAUCAUGCGUACAGUCCGUUCGUACUGUCUGCAUGGGGCCCAAUAUUUCUAGACACCUGGACAGUCCACAUCUUUGGUGCAUGCGCCUGGCAUUGACUGUACUAAAGAGUAUCACAAAGCAAUCGUAGUGUGCAUGCAUCAAAUGUGUCGGUACAUGUCGCAGCCAAAAGACUGUACUUUGAAAUGUCGGUGGGUGAGACAGAACGGCAUGUGGAAACAAAGUACACCCUAGCUUAGACUUUAUGGUGGGAUGUCAGAGAUAUAGAAUAUCCCACAUCCAGCUUUGGUUGGAUACAUAGCCGCAGCAUAAUCUACAUAGAGUUUUUUAAAUCUUCAGGUUUUUUAAUAGGAAUAUGUUUAAUAUACAGUGAAACAGGUUUGACUGAAAAAAGCAACAGUUAACUUAAUCAAGGAAAAGGUGCCAUAGACCUGUUUUGUAUUUUUGUUUAAGGGAUAGCAUGCCUUAUUUCUGUUACUGUUUAUUUGUGCGUUUUCUACACAAUCAUCUGAUUUCAAAACAUAUUAAUAUAAUUUUUUUUCCAUGUUUGUUUUGUUAGAGUGCGCUCCUUAUUUUCACCUCUUAAAAAAAGAAAAUGUGUUUAUUGAUAUUGGGAAAGACUGUGCUGAAGGUCAGAGGUCACAAAGACCCUGUGAAAUCAUUUACAAGAAUUUUAAAAUCCUGUUUUUCACAGCUGAAAAUUUUGUGGAUUCUUUUAAUUAAUGUGAUGCUGGGUAAUUCUGAUGGUGUUAAAUUAUAAUAUCAAGUAUCAUGUCAGCCUACAGUAUUUCAGUGCAGAUUUCUCUGCUGCCCCCCACACACACUGUAAGACGAUGACAUCAGCGUCUUGAACGCUCCUCUCAGCUCUGAAACACUAGAGGGCAACUGUUCUUGUUUUCCUUAAACAUAAAGGUGAGAGUUCCCAUGCUUUAUUUCUAACAACAUGUAGGAAUGUGGUUAACAUCUGUUGUGUUUUCAUAAUAAAAGUCCUCAGAACA